GGAGACUCCAAACAGUCAAUAAGAAAAUAAAAAGCCAUUGAUUCUCUUAUUCUCUCUUUCUUUCAAGAUACAUAUAGCUAUGUCCUCGACGAACGGAGGUUUCCCUGAGAACACAAACUGGACAUUUCAAGAAGUCAAAGACGCCAUGUGGACCAAGGAAGAAAACAAACGGUUCGAGAAAGCUCUCGCUUUUCUCGGCAACAAAGAUGACCUAGAGAGCUGGUCCAACAUCGCAGCUUUAAUCCCUGGGAAGUCCGUAGAUGACGUCAUUAAACGUUACAAGGAGCUACUUGAUGACAUCAGCGACAUCGAGGCCGGACUUGGCCCCGAUCCGGGCUACCGCUCCGACGCCUCCUCAGGUGAUUACUUCUUUGGGCUAGAGAACUCCGGUUACGGUUACAAUUACAAUUAUGUCGUGGGAGCAAAGAGAAGUUCGCCGGCGGCGACUGAUGGUUUCAGGCUUCCUAUGCCGGAAAAAGAACGGAAGAAAGGAGUUCCUUGGACCGAGGAAGAACACCGACGAUUCCUAAUGGGUUUGAAGAAAUAUGGAAAAGGAGAUUGGAGAAACAUUGCAAGAAACUUUGUCACAACUCGAACGCCGACGCAAGUUGCUUCGCACGCUCAAAAAUAUUUCAUUCGACAGCUCACCGAUUGUAAAGACAAACGGCGGUCAAGCAUUCACGACAUUACAACCGUUAACGUCCCUGACGCAAACGCACCAACAACCGCCGCAACAGUCUCUUCUACUCCAACCAAUCCUUUUGACGUUUACCUUCCGCCAAAGCCUCAUCAAAGUUUCGCGUUUGCGCCUGCGUCUAGUUAUUAUAAUGGGUUUCCGCAGUGGAGUUAAAGGUCAUAUACUAUAAAUCUAGAUUGUCUCAUAAGUUGUUAUGCAUGUUUCCUACGUACAUAUACCUAUAAAAUUAUUCAUGCAUAGUAGUCGUAAAUAUUUGUAAGAAAGUUGAAAGUUUGUGUGAUCAUGUGACCUAAAUAUUAGCCUUUUGAUUUUAACUUUCAGUUAAGCAAGUUUAUAUUACCAAUAUGUAUGUGACUUAUCCG